AUGCGAACUCGCUUCCUCAACAUCGACUACUUCACUCCAACUCCAAUCCAAACCCUAGAAACCCUAACCUUCCUCCACCUCCCCAUCCCCAACCUCCCUCGCUCCAACCUCUCCACCUCCGACGUCCUCCGCGCCGCCCUACGCUUCGAUCCGCUCCUUCAAGUCUCGCUCCAAAUCGAACAGCUCCCGAUCAACGCCGCGCUCUCCAAGUUCUUCUCCGACGUUCUCCCUCAGAACCUCGCCCUCGACGCCGCGGAGUUCGCCGCCGCCUCUUCGGAGACGAAUCGGAGCCGCUCCGGUAGCGCGGCUCGGGUUUCGGAGUUUAUGAAUUGCGAAACCGAGAUCAUAUGCUUAGCAUCUGUGUUAAUUACAUCUGUAAGUACUCCAAAAGUACUUGUUAUUGAGUUGUGGAACUGUGUUGUGUUGACUGACUCAGAUCUUAUUUUGGUUUGUGGUGACCUGCAGCAGAUAGCCGAUGUUUUCGAAAAGGAGAAGGGACAGGAGAAUCAAAUAAAAGCCGGUCUAGAGUCUGCGGAGACUGACUUUCAGAAGGAGGAUGGUGGCAGAAGAGGUGGGGAUAAUGAAGCACUGCAAUGUGAAGUACUCCAAUUUGAGACACAAGAGCUGGAUGUAUUCUUGGAACAUGCUUACAUUUAUGAGAAAGAUGAGAUCCCGAUUUUUUCUGAAGUUCCGGAGGAAACUCUUGAUCUCCCAAUGCAGUAUCCUUGGGAUGUUCAUGAAUCAGUGCAUAUUGUUGAAGACUUAAAGUCAGAGUAUCCCAUGGAUCAAAAGGCUUAUUCAUUCGAAGAUGAUGGGUCUUGUCUGGACCAAAUGAGGUCUUAUCAUAUACCUUUCCCUAUGGUAGAAGCAAAUGAGAUAUCUCUGCAAAAUUUGACAGCUCUGACUAUAGAAGAUGAACUUUCUUCUGUUUAUGAAAAUAUUGAGCUACAACAUCUGGAUCAAAGUGAUAACCUAAGUGGCAAGGAGCUUUUGGGUUCAAAGGAAUAUGGGAUAUUAGAGCUUCUUUCAGAUAAUUGUCUAUCAAAGCAGUGUGUUGGAUUUGAUCUUGUGUCCCUUGGCAUUCCCCCUGAGAUGGACUUGUUAAGCAUGGUGGAGAUGUCCCAGAUUCAGCAAAACAGUGCAUAUCAAGGGACAAGCAUCGGUUCCUGUUUCCAGUCUGCAAGCCCGGUUAUAUUUCAGGAAUUUCAGAUUCUUGAUUUGGACUCAUCCUUAAUUUUUGAAGUCCUCUUUAAAGCACAGACAGCAAAUGAACCAGAAACGUGUGACUGGAUGUUUAAUGGAGACAUCAGCUUCAACAAUUUGAUUGUUAGUCCUGAGCUAACCCUGGUGGAUGACACAUUCAAAUCAUUGCCUGUACCUGUUCUAUAUGAUCAUGAAAGGAUAAGUUCAUCAUACGUUGUCAUUGAGGAAAAGCUAACUGACGUAAAGCCACAGCCGCCAUCUGCAUCAGAUAGGAUUUACCUGGAUUGGCAUCUUCUUGAGAAAGAUAGCACCAGCCAGAUUGAUUUCUGUCAGAAAAAGAUGUUGGAGGAUAUGAAUCCGCUCAACGUUGGUUUCUAUUGGGAUUCAUUUGAUGAUGGAAAGUUCUAUGACUUGGUUUUCUCUGGUGAUGCUGUAGUGGACACAGAAGAAAAGGAAUUACAGCUCUUUCUUUCUGAUGCCAUAACUGUUGAUGCUUCAACCAGAUUGUCAGGCGACAAUUUUUCACAGAAAAAAGCAGGAGAUUACAUAGAAAAAAGUGCUGUAGAUGGAUUAAACCCAGAUAAUAGCAAGGAAUUUCAGGAGUUGCUUUCUAAUGGUAUUGAUAUUAAUAAUGGUCAUCUUGGAGACGCUUCAACAAAAUUUUCAGGCGGCAAUCUUCCCCAGCCAAAAAAUAGACAGCAUAUAGAGAAAAACAGGACUUCAUUGCUUUGCAAGUCUAUGUCACAAUUCAAUGAUAUUGACUUUUUCUUGAAUCCUCGGAUGGCCUCUACGGAUGAUAAUAGUGAUUAUGCAGUUACAGCAGUUGAUAAAGUUGCUCCAUUUACCCAGGGAGAACGACCUCAUUCUGUAUGUGCUCAAGUUGACAAUAGGAAUAAGCAGAAGUCAAACAAACUCUUGAAUAGUUUUCCUUCUCUAGAAGAGAAUGAUAUGAGAUCUAAAGAAGAUUCAGAUGAAGUUGCUAGCAGUAUCCCAUUUGCAAUGGAAGCUGACCAUAUUCAGCAGAGCAUCAUGUCUUUCCCUGAGACUGUCAUUGUUGUGAACACUCAAAAUCUAGACAAGGAAAUGAUAGUCUCCAGAAGAAGUACUUACCAAAAAAUUCUUGCAAUGGAGAAAAAAGGUGCACAAGUUGUAGAACGUGAUUCAGAGCUACCGGUGGACAUUAUACUCAGUUCUGCAGUAUGUUUAGUGUGGUAUGACUGCAGAAACAUUGGAAAGAAAGCAACUGCUCUUGAUGAAGCUUCUUCAUGCUUACCUUUGUGCAUUGAGAACAUCGCCACGAAUGUUUUGACAUUGCUGAGUAUUACUUUCAAUAGCUGCAUUCUGGUAACCACCAUAACUACGUUGUAG